UGGAAAGCUCGCGUUUAAAGCUUCAGUACGGUUAUAUCUUGGUACGUGUUCGGUAGACUUUAGCUGGUUCGUAUCGGCGUAUUUUCAACACGUGGUGAGUUCGUAAAGUCGAAUUUUUAUAUUUUAAUUUUUGAAUUUUUUUUAAAGCUGUGGAUCGAGUUUUUGAAAGUGUGGUAUUUUUUUCUCGAAUUCUCCCAAAGACCGAACGACUGACUCGUCAUGUCAGACCAAUCAUCACCGGAUUCGGCGUAAACGUUGGAAACUCUAUGGGCCUGUGGACAUUGACCUCCUGUACUUUAGCAGCCCUCGUAUAUGCGAACACAUUGCAAGGCACGUUUGUCUACGAUGACAGACGAGCCAUAUUAUCGAACCAAGACACAAACAGCAAUAACCCAGCUGGCUCCUUAUGGACGAACGACUUCUGGGGCACACCUUUGAAAUCCGGUGGCUCACACGGAUCCUACAGACCUCUAACCGUACUAACAUACCGAUGGAACCAUUGGCUAAGCGGAUACAACGCCUGGAGCUACCAUUUGACCAACGUAGCGCUGCACGUGACGAUGACGGGGCUAGUUUACCACUUGGGCACUCUCCUGAUGUCCAAGACAGCUGCCGGAUUCGCCUCGGUGGUAUUCGCAGUGCAUCCGAUCCAUACAGAGGCUGUAGCCAGUAUUGUGGGCAGAGCUGAUAUUCUAGCCGGCGUUUUAGUUAUGGCUUCAAUCACACUAUACAUAAAGUAUCGCGAAAUUUACAACUACGAGGAUGACUGGAGAGACGAGGCGAGUAAGAGUAAAUCGCCCAAACACAAGAAGAAUAGAAAACACUACUACGAAUUUGUCUCGGAGAAGACGGGUCGUAAUUUCAAGACUGAUUGCACCAGCAAUAACGCAGAAGUAAUGGUGAAAAAAUACGCUUAUUUGAUGCUGACUUUGGUUUGCGCGACGUUGGCCAUAUUUAGCAAAGAACCCGGGUACGCGGCGUUGCCAAUUUGCAUGGUUUACGAAGUACUGAUGAUGGCUAGAGUGAAGAUCAUCAAGUUUCAAACGAAAUUACGAUGGACGAACCUGUUGAUCCUGUGCUCCGUUUCCACGCUGCUGUUGAGCGUACGUCUAAAACUAGCCAAUUUCAACAUGCCCACCUUCUCGUCGGCCGAUAACCCGAUCAUAAAAUCGAAUUUCGAAACGAGAGCGCUAACAUUCGCGUACCUACCGGUGUUCAACUUUUUCCUAACCUUGUUUCCAUUUAGCUUAAGUUUCGAUUGGGGUAUGGACUCGAUACCGCGUAUAACGUCGCUGUUGGAUUAUCGAAAUUUACUCUCGAUCGGCUUCUAUCUGAUUAGCCAAUUAAUAUUGCGAUGGAAUUUCGUGAAAUUCGUGCAGGAUAAAAUCAAACACGAUCCGGAGUGCGGUAACGAGUACAGUUGUUUUUGUAAACACGUCAUUAGCCAGAAAUCGCUAACGCCGCCGGCUAUUCUGUUGUUCGUUAUUUCCAUCUCGGUUAUACCCUUUAUUCCGGCUACAAAUUUAUUCUUUUACGUUGGUUUCGUGGUUGCCGAACGUGUACUGUACAUACCCAGCGUAGGGUUGUGUUUGCUGGUCGGCUAUUGUUACGAUAACGUGCCCUCCAGACGUAAGAAAUUGUUUAAGAUGGCGGUACUGUUGUCGGUGGCGGUGUUCGGUGUUCGCAGCGUACUACGGAACGACGACUGGCAAACGGAAGAGAAGCUGUAUCGGUCUAAUAUUCACAUAAAUCCGCCCAAAGCUUACGGUAAUCUGGGAUGCGUUCUGAGCAGUGAAGGCAGACUGCAAGAAGCAGAAGAAGCGUUACGGAAAGCUCUCCGGUAUCGUUAUAACAUGGCUGAUGUGCAUUAUAAUCUAGCUUCGUUGUUGGAAGAAACGAGUCGUCAGGAGGAAGCCAUCGUUAGAUACAAUGCUGCCAUCAAGUAUCGACCUUCCCUUAUCAACGCUUAUCUCAGACUGGGUCAACUUUUGACAGCCACUGGGCGCGAUUUCGAAGCAAUUGCUAUCCUAACGAAAGGCCUCAAAGUAGACAUAUCGCAUUCGAAAGACGUAAAGGUGAACGAAUUGGCUCGUAUCGAGAGCUUGAUAAAAUUGGCUUCCAUUUACGUCGAAGGAGACGAUCUCAUACAAGGAUUAACCACAUACGUCGAAGCAGUCGCCACAGCACCGUCGUACUAUAAACCACAGGCGUUGUUUGUUUAUAUUGGAGAGACUCUUGUGAAAAUGAAGAAUUACGAAGAUGCUGAUAAAUGGUACCAGUAUAUCACCGGAGAUCAACCUGGUAUCCGGCCGAAGGAGAUCAUCGGAUUGAAAUCGUUUACAAAUUGUACCAAAUCGAUGAAGAAAAAAUGGAUCAAAGCCAUGGAAACGUUCAACUUCAAAGAUCCUUCGCUAUACCUGCAAUACAGCCAGUUGCUAAUCAACGAUAACAAAUACCGCAAAGCGGUCGACAUAUUGCGAAAAGUCCUCGAAGAUAAACCCAACGAUCACCAGCUGAUGCUGAAAACCGCCCGAAUCUGCAGAUUGGCCGGAUUCCUCGAUGAAGCUGAACUCUAUUUGAGGAAACUCGUCUUAAUCAAACCGGACGCGAACAGUUUUCACGAAUUAGCAGCUGUGCUGAAACUGGCCGGAAAAGCAGAAGAGGCUGUGGUCACGUUUAGAUACGCGGAGCAGUUGAAAUUGGCCGCUCAGAAAUCGCUGGUGAGGCAGCAACAAGAGCAGCAGCAACAGCAGCAGCGUAAUUGUGAUACAAAUGAUACGGAAGAUCGUAGGAAUUAAUGGAAAUCUGAUCCAGAGGAUUAUCGAUGGGCUCCUAUACGUACAUCAAAAGGUAUUGGAAAUACCUACCUAGUGUUUGGAUAGAGUAUAAGGGUGAUGGUGGUGUUGGGUUAUUUUUUUUUCUCUUGUUUUAUGGUACUUUUCUAUAUGUUUCUUUUUUUUCUCUAUCUCUCUCACUGUCUCCUUUUCUAUCUGUGGCCCUUUUUCUCACUCCUUCGUUUAUGUACGUCUCUGUUUACCCGAAUACUCGCAUAAUUUUACGUGUGUAUUGAGGAUAUUGGUUAUGGUUACGGUUAUGGUUAUUAAUGGUUUGUUUUAUUAUUCGUUUUUUUUUCUUUUAAGAAUAUGAAAGACGAUUUGAAUGGUCUUUUUUUUGUUUUGAUUGUUUGUGGAUGCAUACUUACCUAUCUAAUGUGCAAUGUAUCGAAGUGCAUAGCAUGUAGGUAUUUGCUAUUGCAAUAAAUAUACGUGUUAUGUGAUGGUU